GAGAGAACCUCUUCUCCAAACUUAACCAACCCUCUGGAACUCCUCGCUCCUCCUUCCUGUCGCUCCUUCUCCACAUCCUAGCCAUCGCCAUGGCGAGAGGCUUCCACGGCGUGAGGGCAGACCUCUCCGAGCUCGCGCGCCACAUCGUCGACAUCGCUUGCUUCCUCUCCCCGCUCGUCCACGCCCCCACCCACGCCGACUCCCCCCCGCCGUCCCCCCGCCCUCCCUCCCGCGUGCUCGCGGGGAUCCUCGCCGAUUUCGCCGAGAUCAGCGGGGGCCUCCGCAGCGGCCUGUCGCGGCUCUCUACGAUCGCCUUCAGGAAAGCCCCGACGCCGCCGGAUAGGGAUCGAGGGUCGAGGGAAUCGAGGGUCGGCGGGGUGUCAGAGGAGGUCGUGGAGUUUGUCACGGAACUUGUGGAGUGCCCCGAAUCGUGGCUGGAGUUUCCGGUCCCUGUGGAUGAUGAUUUUUUAAUGUCUCAUUCUCAAAGAGAGCAUAUAUCAACUGUUGAGCGCUUGGUUCCAAGUAUAACAGCUCUUAGGAUCAGCCUUUGUCCAACUUAUAUGAGUGAGGAAUGUUUUUGGAAGAUAUACUUUGCACUAUUGCAUCCAAGGCUGAAUAAGCAUGAUAUGGAGUGCUUAUCAACCCAGCAGGCACUGUGCAGCACCUUUACUGCCUAUGUAUGGCGACUGCUUUUGGAAACCUUUGAUGAAAUUCCAGUGAAAGAUAACAAAUGUGAAAGAAUCAGAAACAGGAGAAACCUCAAGAUGAAGAUAUAAAUAUGUUUGCAGCAAUUAUGAUUAUCAAAUGACCUUUUCUGGUAUUGAAUUUGCUGAUGCAGAGAAACAAGUUCAAGUGUCGUGUUCAUUCAUUCACGAGUCAUGCAAACCUAUAUCAGAACCAUCUUUUGUCUCUGCUCUCUCUCUCUCUCUCUAUUCUGAUUUUUUCCUCCUUUGCACAUAUUGAAGGAUCUGAUAUUUUCACUUCCUCAACCCUAUGGCACUUUGAACAUCUUGAGGCCCUACUGAGCAAUUCGUUUAAUGCUGUUUGCUAGUCACUGCCAUUGAACAUUUUUCUCAGAGUAGCAUAUAGCCUUGUAAUCUUUAAUGUUUAGAUGCAAUGUUUGAAUAAUUUUGAUUACGUUUCUAUCAACGUGAGGACAUUAUGGAAACACUAGGGGGUCUCACAAGAUCACCUUUCAGUUUUGACAGCUUGUUUGAAGCAUACUGACUUAUGACUUCAAUGCAUCAACAUCCGACUUAGUCCUCAUUCAGGAUUCCAAUUCCAAGGAAAUUCUAGAUAAAAUGGUGCCAUGAUUCUCUUAAAUGAUGUCUUGAACUAUCAAGAGAAUCCUUUGCAUUCUUUUUGCGAAGAAUUAGCAUAAAUUAAAGGACAAUCCUUUUGACUUCCAUAAUUCUGAAAGGAAACAGACUGGAAGGCCCCAAGAGGAAUUUAAAACUAGCUUGUGAAAUGGAAACAGAUUGUAUGGAAGUUUCUGGAGGAAGAGUAUUAAUGCAGUAGACAUAAUUACAAUGAUCAAUGGCUAGCGAAGUUACUCCAAGUAGAAGCAGCGAGCAGUUAUCAGUUAUCAUAAUUGCCAUGUUUCAUGGCUGGUGGAGGAACGGUGAGUUAUAUUAGGCAGUUUAUAGCCUAGAAGAUGCUACUACUAGCAAGAAAUCUAUGUAUAAUGCAUGAUAGAACAUGUGAGCAUUCUGUAACCAAAGUUUAUUGUGUAACUAUAAAAAAGAUAUUUUGCUUCAUUCUUCGCCCAUUAUACAUCAACUGCACAUUAUGUCGGAUCAAUUUUAGAUAUGGUUUGAUUUUCUUCAACUGAUGCAAGUGUUCUCAGUAAUGUAUUUAGCCGAGGAGGUCUGGCAUGGCAUGACCAACUGGGUUAAAGGAGAAAAAAAGGGCACUGCUCAAUCCAGACAUUUUGACUGGCAACAUCUAGGUAGGCCUGCCAAAGCUGACUGGCUGUGCCUAGUCCAGACAUAUCAAAUAGAAACAUCUAGGCACAAUUAACUUCCCCCAAACUAGAUUUGAAAACAAGGGAUAAAAUGUCAUGUAGCAUGUGCAGUGUACAUGACAAAUUGAGAUGCAAUAUUUGAUGGGCCGCUGUGGUCCUAUCAACUAACUCUUAAGGAAAAUGCUUUGGGGCACCUGUAAAUUGCAUGUGUUAUGUUCAUCAGGCCUAUAACUGCUGCUUUGGCAAAUACAUAGCGCCAGACAUGGCAACAAAUCUGUGAGUUCAUGUGCACUUUUCAGGAGCUGCAUAGCAUUAUUCAACUUUUCAUGUAGCACGGCCAACCCACAUGACCAACUUAAGCGGAAGGAGUGUACAUGGUCGCUUGUGAAUCUUGUGAGCCCAUGUGCCUAUGAAAUUUAUAUGGCACAUGUACUGAACUUAAGAGGAAAGAAUAUAUAGUGGCUGAAAAAAAUAGAGGAAAAUUCUACUUUUCCCCUUGUUUUGAGUAGAAUAAUAAUUUUGUCUAACCUUCUUAAAUGGAAGUACAGGAAAAUAGAUUAUAAAGGACUUCAACCAUUUUGAAGAAAUGUUGAAUGCCAUACAAAAAAAAAAUCUUUGUAAGGAUUUAAUACCUUCCUCUCCUGCAUAUUGACUAAUUCUGAUUUUUGUUCCUGUAACAGGUCUGUAGACUUAUUUCACUUAUACUGUCUGUCCCUUGGCUUUUAUUGCGGUCAGGAAGGCAACGAAUUGGUUUUACCUGCUAGCCAUAAAUCUGGUUGCUAUAUAGUGUCUUGGAUGCACAGGUACAGUGCCUCUCCACAGGCAUCUGGCCUGGGGGCCGAGGCCCACUAUGGGUUUUGGGGAUGUCCGUAUACUUUUGCUUGUUCAGGAGUUUUGGGGAUCUUCUCUGUCUAGGCAUUUGAGAGGCAGUGAGACUGAGGGAUUUGUAUUGGGGUUUCUCUUCAUCAUUAUAUUCUCCUAUCCAAGAAAUGCCAUACCGGCCCAAACCGCACAGCACAGAACGUACCGUAUUGUACCGGUCGGUACCAAUAUUUGGUAUGGAUGGCGUACCGAUACUUGGUACGGGUGGCGUACCGAGUAUCGGUACCAAAAAAAUUCUGUACCAUACCAUAUAGAUACUGUGCAAGUAUGGCACCGGUAUGGGGUCCGGUACCAAGACGGCGAACCUUGCUCCUACCUUUUAUGAAGCUUCUUAUAAUUGUCUUGACCUGUCAAUGUGGACCAUAGGUUUAACCUGCCUCUCUCUCUUUAUUAAAAUGUCUUCUGCAAGUAUUUGUUUUAUUCAUGCUUUUUGUUACCACCUAUUUUACUUUUGGUAUACAUGCAUUUUGUAUUUUGUUUGUUCUUAUUUUCAUUCGAGUGGGAGGAAAUUUAUUUUUUCUAGAUUGUAGGUAGAAUCUUGACAUUUAAAUGCUGCUCAUAUUUUAUACUCUCUGGACUCUGGAGACUUUUUAGGGAGUGGUCAAUUUAGGACACCGAUGGACUUGCUAGCUGGCUUGUUCAAAUGGGCAGUCAAAUUUUCCUUUCAUCUGAAAAUUUAGACAAAAUUUUUGCCUAUUAUUGAUUUUGGAGCUCAUGUUUACACAUACUAAUGCUUUUUUGGCGCAAUAUUUGUGAGAACAUACUGACAUUUACUCGAAGCUUUCAAGAUUUGCACAAUAAGGUUGUUUAAUAUACUUCAUUUUUUUCACUAGUGAAUGUUAUGAAAUUAUAAUGCUCCAAACUUUUGAAAGUUAUCUUAUUAGGUGUCCUAUAAUGUUCUGACUUCUGAGCAUAUAAACUUCUACUUUGUAUGCCUGUGGAGGCAUGAAAUUGGAUUCUCUCUCGGUAAUAAGUAUAUCUGCAGAUUGUGGACUCCAUGCGAAUAAAAUUGAAGGAGAUGCAACAUAGGGUGGAUGCUCAGUCCCUGACCUUUAGGGCAGAGAGUUUUCCUUUGAUAACGAGCGGAAGCAAUAUGCAACUAGAGGAUGAUCAAGCUCAGGAAGCCUCAGCAAUCACCAAAAUAACGUCACAGCAAAGCAUGCAUGAGUGGUCUGAGGUACCUAGUGAGGUUGGCGAUACCACUGAUGGUGAAAAACAGUCCAGAACAGAAGACUUCUCAUUUAGAGAGAGAGAUGAUGGUAGCAUUGUUCU